CCAAAGCAAAAUGCAGCCACCACCGAAGACAUACAACUGGUUGCUCCUCUUGCUUGUCCUUUUGGGCAUUAGCCUGGCCAGGACAGCGCCGCGUCAGGCGACAAGUACCUACGUCAUUCCGAUGUCUUGGAACGAUCUGAUUGGGACGUUCAAUUUCCCAGAGCCGCAGGAAAAAUCCCAUGAAAUUCCCGAGCCGCGUGCGUUCUCUGUGAGUCUGGAUGAUAUGAGUCCCGAUGGACAGCAGGCGGAUGAUCUGCAGCAGGUGCUCAUGCUGACCAGUGGACUGACUCCCGCCCAGAUUGCCCAGCGCAGUCAGGGCCGGAACAAUGAGGGUAGAUUCUUUGGACGCGGCGGUACCACCGUGGUGGUGAUCACCGGUGGUGGCGCUGCCAACAACACUAACAACAACAGUUUUGUGAGCACUCCUGCAAGCACAACCACAACGGGCACUCGAACCUCGGAGUUUAUCCGUACACCAAUUGCAUACCCGGCCGGAUUGCCCAUGCAGUACUUCCGAAAGCGGCAGGAUGACGGAACAUCGAUGUCAUAUCCGGAAUUCCUCCGCUGGAACGAGGCAGCUUUCUAUGGCGGAGAUUUGGGUUUGAGCGGCUCCAAUGGGGCCUAUGGUCUGUCGGGCGUCCCUUUGGUACCCAUCACCGUUGGCAACGAGGUGAGGUAUGUGCCAAUGAAUCUUCGCAUGUUCCGGCAGCUUGUCGGUGAUCCCACUACGGUUGCUUCCCCACCACCGCCGUCCAUCAGGGAGCAGGAUGAUCAGCUGGAGGACGACGACAUAUCCGCCUUGUCCUUGGGCCCCGAACUGGAAGUACUCGACGAGAGCCCCAAUGAAGGAGGCCAAGAGGUCGCAGGUUCUGGUCACUCGGUCGCCGAUUCACCAGGCUUUGGAAUCCUUGGCCAGCGGCUGAGACAACGACCAUUGGUCAGGAGGCGACCACUGCAGACACUGGCCCAGAAUAUUCGCCGGGUGCAGUACGUCAGAAAGUAAUGGGCGGACCAAGAUACCAAGAUGCAACCAUAAUGACCAUAAUGACCAUUAGAUUUAAACAAAUUUUUUUUUUACGAACCCGAAAUAAAAUGAAAUGAUAAAG